AUGUCUGAUACAUCAUCAAGAGAAAAAGUUUAUGGUGUCGAUACAUCAGAGCGUAGUACACGACUGUUACGUAUUAAAGUGAUACGAGCAAUCGAUCUGCAACGCCGAGAUUUUCUCGGCGGAUCAGGUGAUCCAUAUGUCAAAGUAUUACUUCAAACGCGUGAAAAUCGUAAUCAAACGAUUGAUAUUGCUCGUACACGUACAAUACCAAAAACGCUAAAUCCAAUGUGGAAUCAAGAUUUUAUUUUUCGAGUUGAUCCAACUAAACAUCGACUUGUUUUUGAAAUCUAUGAUCAAAAUAGACUUACAAAAGAUGAAUUUCUUGGCAUGUUUUUUGUUGAAUUAAAUUUAAAUAUUCCAUACGAAUCAGCUGAACAAGCAAUGUUAACUCGAGAGUAUCCAUUAUUAAAACGAAGCGUUUUACAACGUGUUCGUGGUAGUGUAACAAUCGGAUUUUGCUAUCUUAAUCCGAAUUCAUCAUCACCGGCAACAACAAAUCCAACUGAAAAUGAAAACGCACCACCACAACAACAACAACAAACUGAUUCUGGAUUUGUACUUGUCAAUCAUGAAAGUAGUACAACUGAAUCAGUGGUUCCAACUCCUGAAGUACCAUUACCACGAGGAUGGGAAGCAAGAAAAGAUGCUGCUGGUCGAACUUAUUAUGUUGAUCAUAAUACUCGUACAACAACUUGGCAUCAUCCAAGUGGAGCAGUUGCUGCUACACCUCAACGACCACAGCCACAAGUUGGUGAUCGACGUCAAAUCGAUGAUAUGGAAGUUAAUAAUUCUCGAGCGAAUGCAACUGCCACUUCAUUAUCAACCUCACGUACUGCAGUUGCUAGUGCUUCUACAGAUGACCUAGGUCCACUGCCGCCUGGUUGGCAAAUGUCAAAAACAGAAAAUGACCGUUCAUUUUUUAUUGACCACAUUAAUAAACGAACAACUUGGGUUGAUCCUCGAACUGGUAAGCCAAGCCCUGUACCAUCAGCUCAAACUGCACUCAAUCCAAAUGGACCAUUACCAGAACAUUGGGAAAUUCGAACAUUAGGCGAUGGUCGUGUGUACUAUAUUGAUCAUUUGAGUAAAACAACAACUUGGACAGAUCCACGUGUUGCUGGCCCGGCUGUACCAUAUUCACGUGAUUACGAAGCGAAAUAUCGAGCUUUUCGCCGCAAUUUACCUCGACCUCGACCUAAUACCCCUCAACAAGUCGAAAUACAUAUUCAUCGUAAAGAUGUUAUGGAAACAUCAUUUCGUGUUAUAAUGGGUAUGAAAGAUUUAGAACUAUUGAAAUCAAGGCUUUGGAUCGUAUUCGAUGGUGAACGUGGUUUAGAUUAUGGUGGUUUAAGUCGUGAAUGGUUUUUAAUUCUUUCACGUGAAGUAUUUAAUCCUUACUACGGUUUAUUUGAAUAUAGUGCGAUCGAUAAUUAUACACUACAAGUCAAUCCACUAUCUGGUUUGUUUAAUGAAGAACAUAUAAAAUACUUUCGUUUUAUCGGACGUAUUAUUGCUAUGGCUAUAUAUCAUGGAAAAUUACUCGAAGCAUUUUUUAUUCGCCCAUUCUAUAAAAUGUUAUUAUCAAAGCCAAUUACACUUGCUGAUAUGGAAUCAGUCGAUCGUGAAUAUUAUCAAUCAUUGAAAUAUAUUCUUGAAAAUGAUCCAACCGAUCUCGAUCUUUAUUUUGUUGUUAGUGAAGAAGUGCUUGGUGAUCUACGUGAACACGAACUGAAACCCGGAGGACAACAUAUACAAGUAACAGAUGAAAAUAAACAAGAAUACAUUGAAAUGGUUAUUAACUAUCGAUUUGUACAACGGAUAGCGACGCAAAUGAAUGCAUUAAAACAAGGCUUUCAAGAUAUACUUUCACUUGAAAAUAUUAAAAUGUUUGAUGAAAAAGAAGUUGAACUUUUAAUAAGUGGCCUCGGAGAAGUUAAUGUUAAUGAUUGGCGAAUGAAUACAAUGUAUAAAGGUGGUUAUAAACCAGAUGAUCCUGUUAUACAACAUUUUUGGAAGGCUAUUGGUUCACUCAAACCGGAAGAACGUACUCGACUCCUUCAAUUUGUCACUGGUACAUCUCGAUUACCAAUGAAUGGCUUUCGUGAAUUAUGGGGUUCAUCAGGCCCACAAUUAUUUACUAUUGAAAGAUGGGGAGAUCGAACAAAAUUACCACGUGCUCAUACUUGUUUUAAUCGUAUCGAUUUACCACCCUAUGAGAGCUAUCAAGAUUUACGUCAAAAAUUAAUUCAAGCUAUGGAAAUGAGUGAAGCAUUCGAGGGUGUUGAUUAA